AUGGCCCUAAACCCUACCUCACACAUCAACACAAUGGCCCUAAACCCUACCUCACACAUCAAAACAAUGGCCCUAAACCCUACCUCACACAUCAACACAAUGGCCCUAAACCCUACCUCACACAUCAACACAAUGGCCCUAAACCCUACCACACACAUCAACACAAUGGCCCUAAACCCUACCUCACACAUCAACACAAUGGCCCUAAACCCUACCUCACACAUCAACACAAUGGACCUAAACCCUACCUCACACAUCAACACAAUGGCCCUAAACCCUACCACACACAUCAACACAAUGGCCCUAAACCCUACCUCACACAUCAACACAAUGGCCCUAAACCCUACCUCACACAUCAACACAAUGGCCCUAAACCCUACCUCACACAUCAACACAAUGGCCCUAAACCCUACCUCACACAUCAACACAAUGGCCCUAAACCCUACCUCACACAUCAACACAAUGGCCCUAAACCCUACCUCACACAUCAACACAAUGGCCCUAAACCCUACCUCACACAUCAACACAAUGGACCUAAACCCUACCUCACACAUCAACACAAUGGCCCUAAACCCUACCUCACACAUCAACACAAUGGACCUAAACCCUACCUCACACAUCAACACAAUGGCCACUCACAUUCUCAGCUUCAAAUCCUCCUGUGACUGA